AUCAAACAUGUACACCAAGGUCCUUGUCUUCCUUUGCGCCGCGGGUAUCGCUUCCGCUGGCAACUUAUUGCAUGCAGCGCCUCUCACCUACAGCGCGCCUGUGUCUUCAAUCUCCUACUCUUCACACACUGCUCAUGGAUCUCCAAUAACUUACGCUGCUGCACCAGUUGUCGGCAAGACCAUUGCAUACUCAAGCCCAGCAUAUUCUUACUCAUCACCAAUCGUAGCCAAGACUUACGCCGCGCCAGCAGUUGCUGCUUACUCACCAAUCUACCACGCCCCUGUAUCUACAUACCACGCCGCCCCCGUAGCUGUUACUAGGACUCUCUCUCCCGCCGUUUCGUACUCAUCUGUAUCAUCUACUAAGACCCUGUCUCCAGCUCUAACAACGUAUGCUGCAUCUUCUCCAGCCGUGUACGCUUCUCCCGCUGUUUACGCUGCUGCUCCAGUUCCUACUCAUACUGUGGCUACCUACGCUUCCGCCCCAGUUGUGAAAUCAGCAAUUACAUACUCAGCAGCUCCAGCCGUUUCCCACGUCACCUACACCGGUUUGGGAGCACACUACGGCUGGUAAUCAACCAAAUAUUUAGUAAUUACUUUGAAGUUUUAACAAUAGUAGUUUUCCAUUGUUGAUAAUAUUAUGCGUGUUAUAUUAUAUUGACAGUAAAUAAAUAUUUUCAAUAAUAUCUAGAAAUGUAUUUGUAAUUACCUACCUAUGUUGUUAUGUAUGUUACAGCCAUUGUAAAAUACUCUAUUUCAUUGAAAAGAGUGGCCGUUGAGUUUCUUAUAUGUUCUACUCACGAGCUCAACUAUUUACGAACAUAUGGUAAAUUCAGUAGAUUAACGAAAUAUUUGAAAUGACGAUUCAAAAGCGCUUAGUUUAAGCCUAAUUGAAUAAAGUUUAUUUGACUUUGA